UUCUGAGGUUUCUCUUGCUCACACUGCUGUUGAGAUUGAGCAGCGAAGCGUUCACAGCUCUGCAUUAUAUUACUGACAAUUCAAAGGCGCGCGCCGAGAACACCAUGUAUCCCGAUUUGGAACGACUUGGAGAGGGGGUGUCCAUGCCUUUCAUGUGGUGAAGGAGAAAACACUUUGCUUAAUUUACCCAGGAAUAGACGUAGAGGAAGGCAGCCCUUCUGGAGUGGAGUGCUUUGUUUUGAAACACAGUAGAGGCGACGGUGGGUAUUCUCCAGUAUACAGUUACGAUCAGCCAUCGAAACUUCUGCUUCAAGAAUCUGUUUUCAAUAAGGAUUGCUUCUGAACUGAAAACGUAAUUAACCAUAUAAGGCUGGAGAUGUCACAGUUGAAAUGUUACUGUAGGAAAGAAAGUGGAGACCCUGUUGUGCGCAUUCUGGUUUAUCCCAAAGAAAGCAAGUAGCCUAUAUGGUUACGCGCACGUUGUGCUUUGUGAGAAGAGGAUUUCAACCAAACGAAAAUGGCCCGGAUUAUUCUUUGCGCUUUGACAUUAGUUUUGGCUGACUUUAAUUAAACAUAACUGUAGGUCUAUUGAACAUCCGUGGAAUUGACCCCAUAGUCCAAAUGAUGGAAUGGCUCGUUGCUUUGUGUAUUGGGAUUCUGGUGGCCGUCAUUUGGUCAGCUUCGAAAUAUUUUGGUACCCAGGGCGAGCCAGACGCACUCCUCCAGGGGCUCGGAAUUUCACGGCGGCAGACGAAGGAGAUGGUCUCGGAGAGGUGCGUCUCAGACCGGGGGGUCCCGGUGGACGGUGCUAAUGCCCAGACAUCCGACAGGGCAGGUGAGAAUAAAGUCCCCGAUGUUGCGCUGAUAUGCAAACCCUCGGCGCUGGCCAACUAUCUCUUCAAACACUGCAGGACUUUCAGCAAUUUCACAGCGUGCACUGGAUGGACUUGGCGGGCGAGUGCGUUUCUUCAGACAGUUUACGGCGCGUGCUGGCCGUACGAGAGCCCGGCGUAUUUCGUGCGGGACUACCUGCAGUUGAACGACGACGGUCUGGUGGCGCUGGACUGGGCAGUGUCGAUGGCCGGUGCGUCGUACCAGAAACGGAGGAGAACCUCGAGUAAUUCCACGAGCCCAAUCCUCCUCAUCAUACCCAACUCUUUUGGGAAAAUCACUAGAAAUGUGCUGAAGCUCUGUGAGGUGGCGUUGUCCCACGGCUACCUCCCUGUGGUGUUUAACCGGCGCAGCCACAACGCCACCCCCCUCAGCACCGUCAAGCUGCAGCAGUUUGGCGACCCAGGGGACCUACGCGAGGCUGUGCGCUACAUGCGCUACAGGCAGCCCGUGAGCCGGCUGUACGCGGUGAGCGAGAGCACGGGGUCCGGCCUCCUCCUCUCCUACCUAGGAGAGUGUGGUUCAUCCAGCUACGUGACGGCUGCCGCUUGCCUCUCGCCAGUGUUCCGCUGCCAGAGCUGGUUUGAGAAAGGACCCAUCUGGCCCCUACACUGGGCUCUGGUGACUUACCAGAAGAUAUGCCUCAACAGGUACAGGACCGUGCUGGGUGAGACAGUGCACACCGAUGCCCUUUUCUCCAGCUGUUCCAUGCGUGGCCUGGAGGAGGUGUUGUUCUGCCAGCAGCCAGGCCCUAAAGGAGCCCCGGCCCUAGCAGGGGGCACCAGCAGCAGCAGUGGGGGAGCCUGGGAGGCCUACUGGGAACGCAAUGAACCCCUCCGGGACGUAGACGAAGUCGCCAUCCCCGUUCUGAGUGUCUGUGCUCAGGAUGACCCUAUCAGAGGAGACCCCCAGUCUACCCUACCCCUGGAACUCUUCGAGAGCAACCCCCACUUCUUCCUGCUGCUGACCACCAGGGGGGGACACUGUGGCUUUAACACCCAGGAAGGGAGUGCUUUCUCUGGGGGAGGGACCUUUGGAGGGACACCUGGGACUAGCUGGAGCCACCGGGCCCUGCUGGAGUUCUUUAGAGCCACCACGGACUUCAUUGCGGCAGAGGAGAGGGCUAAGCAGGCUGCCAGACGGAGGGGCCUGGGGGGUAGCAGCCAGGGCAAAGUCUUCAGACAUCGUAGUGUCAGUAGCUGUAGGAGAAUGCCUGCAUGCUCACAUAAUAUACACACUAUCUACAACUGGCAGAGGUCUUAUACACGAUGAGCUGGGGUGAUGAUAUUGGAUAUUAUGGAUCAGAAGGGAUUUAUAUUAUGGAUGAUAAGGGAUUUAUAUUAUGAAUGAUAAGGGAUUUCUAUUAUGGAUGAUAAGGGAUUUAUAUUAUGGAUGAUAAGGGAUUUAUAUUAUGGAUGAUACGGGAUUUAUAUUAUGGAUGAUAAGGGAUUGAUAUUAUGGAUGAUAAGGGAUUUAUAUUAUGGAUGAUAAGGGAUUUAUAUUAUGGAUGAUAAGGGAUUUAUGUUAUGGAUGAUAAGGGAUUUAUAUUAUGGAUGAUAAGGGAUUGAUAUUAUGGAUGAUAAGGGAUUUAUAUUAUGGAUGAUAAGGGAUUUAUAUUAUGGAUGAUAAGGGAUUUAUGUUAUGGAUGAUAAGGGAUUUAUAUUAUGGAUGAUAAGGGAUUUAUAUUAUGGAUGAUAAGGGAUUUAUAUUAUGGAUGAUAAGGGAUUUAUAUUAUGGAUGAUAAGGGAUUUAUGUUAUGGAUGAUAAGGGAUUUAUAUUAUGGAUGAUAAGGGAUUUAUAUUAUGGAUGAUAAGGGAUUUAUAUUAUGGAUGAUAAGGGAUUUAUAUUAUGGAUGAUAAGGGAUUUAUAUUAUGGAUGAUAAGGGAUUUAUAUUAUGGAUGAUAAGGGAUUUAUAUUAUGGAUGAUAAGGGAUUUAUGUUAUGGAUGAUAAGGGAUUUAUAUUAUGGAUGAUAAGGGAUUUAUAUUAUGGAUGAUAAGGGAUUUAUAUUAUGGAUGGUAAGGGAUUUAUAUUAUGGAUGAUAAGGGAUUUAUAUUAUGGAUGAUAAGGGAUUUAUAUCAUGGAUGAUAAGGGAUUUAUAUUAUGGAUGAUAAGGGAUUUAUAUUAUGGAUGAUAAGGGAUUUAUAGUAUGGAUGAUAAGGGAUUUAUAUUAUGGAUGAUAAUUUAUAUUAUGGAUGAUAAGGGAUUGUAUCUGCAGCACAAGAAAGCUUUGCAUUUAACGGCUGAAUAUUAAUCUGUGUGCAAGCAGUCACCUGGGUAAUUGACAGAACAUGGUUUCAUUGACACACACACACACACACACACACACACACACACACACACACACACACACACACACACACACACACACACACACACACACACACACACACACACACACACACACACACACACUCAGAAUUUAAGGAUGAACACUCCAAAAUACACUACGUGUAACCAGAAAAGCCUGUGUGUGUGUGCGGGUGGGUGUGCGUGUGCCUCUGCCCAAUGACUGUCCAAAAAUACCCGUCUGGACACUGGACUGCCAGUAUUUCUCUGAUGAGACCAUCAGAUUCAUGGGGAAACUAUGUGUAAUGAUAUGGUGAUGUUUUGCUGAACUGGGUGGAACCAGUUGGGGUUGUGGCUUUUCACACAUGUUGUAAUUCAAACUCUGACUGGGGUACAUUGAAUGUAGCUGCAAUCUGCAACUUUGAAUUGGCGCUGUUAGUGACAUGAUGAUUUUCCUGUAGUUUUCUAAACAAUGUUAAACGAGUGUUAAACGUGUUAAAUGAUCUGAAUCAUUGUGAAGGAACGAUGUGAAAAAAGAAAAAGAGGGACUGUAUCAUGGAAGGAUUUCAUGAAUUACAGUAAUGUUGUGUAACAUUGUAUCAAUUUAACAGUCUUCAGUUACUGUAUGUAGAACUUUAUGUACAAUACUGUAUGUGUCAUACUUAGAACUUUGUGACUAUGUACAGUAUAGUUCUGUUUCUCUGAGGAUUCAUCAAACACAUGGAGAGUUUUCCAUUUAGACGUCUCCUAAAAUAGCUCUAUGCCCAGAGCGAUACCACUGUCUUUGUGUGUGUGUGUGUGUGUGUGUGUGUGUGUGUGUGUGUCUGUGUGUCUCUGUCUGUAUGUUUGGGGUGUGCAUUCGUGUGUGUGUGUGUGUGUAUGUGUCUGUAUGUGUGUGGUGUGUAUUUGUGUGUGCAUACGUGUGUGUGUCUGUGUGUGACCGUGUGAUCUGAUUAGAUAUCUCUCCACGGUGUGUCCCUAAAGAUCCUCAUCCACACAGACAGCUGCUACUGCUAGACCACAGAGCCAACUCUACAGUUAGCAUCAAGCCCUGAACCUUUACAAAAUACACUACCCAUCCUUGGUGCCACGACUCCAGGAUUACUAAAGUCGUAUCUGUAUUCCUACCUUAUUGUACCAGGGCCAUAGGUGUAGUCUACGAUCGCUCCACUUAUGUAAACCUAUGGUUUUAAUGUAUCAAUUUGCACCUACAUUGUAAUGACACUGUAACUACCAUGUAAAUACAGCUAUUACAUAUGAUCCCAGUGCCCAGACAACUUCAGCAUGGAACAUAGCCACAGUUAUUUGUUACAACAGUCUUUCUGGUUCUACAAAUGACAAUGAGCCGAAGCAGCCUGCCUAGAAUGCUCAUUAUUUUGUUGUUCAUUUUCAUUUAGUGAAAUGUGAACUAGAGCAGACAGACAUAGGGGCGACAGAAACAAUAACCACCAGGCCUCUCAGUCUCUUGGCCCAAUGAAGUUGUUAACAUUGAAUUGGCCUUUAACACGUUGCUUAUUGAAUUCAAGCCCCAAUGUCCGCGUCUGUCCAAUUGAAUUUGCAAUGAUUGAUAUUGCAUUAGCGUUCAUAGCUUCUAAUGACCGAGUCCCUUGAUAUGAUCAAGAUAUAUUCAUAGGUCAGUGAGAGAACCUGUAGAAUACAGAGGAUAUUAUAAUGGAUUUGUUUGAUGACUAAGAGGCUAGUGCUUUGUUGACAUACUGUAAUAUUUCACUAAGGUGAGGACCGCCAUCUUGUGGCUAUUGGGUGCAAGUGACAUUCCACAAGUUUUGAAAAACCAAAUACUCUGGAGAAUAUAUCUAUAUAUUUUUUUACCUUUAUUUAACUAGAAAAUUCAGUUAACAACAAAUGCUAAUUUGACGGCCUAUCCCAGCCAAACCCUAACUGGGCGAUGCUGGGCCAAUUGUGUGCCGCCCUAUGGGACUCCAAAUCAGCCUGGAAUCAAACUAGAGUCUGGAGUGACGCCUCUAGCACUGAGAUGCAGUGCCUUAGACCGCUGCGCCACUCGGGAGCCCAUAAAAAGGCUAGAUAGCCACUAAUACAGCCUUGAAUAUAAGCUAUGUUGUGUUUCAUGGAUACAUAGAGCACCACAGCUUCACAUGAAUCUAUCUUGAUUUUCACAAGAUACCUUUUUAAGGAAUGUUACAAAAUGCUGCCAGUCACUUUUUACACAUUUUAUAAUGCACUCAAUGAAAAAAAUACAUUAUUGGAAUAAUUCAAGGACUAACUAUGAUAUAAUUCAAAAACCGAGUCUGAAUAACAAACAUAAAACAACAGCAACAUUAAUACAGUAUACAUUUCCACCCGUAUGCACAUGAGAACAUGUGUGAAGGGCAUAUCGCUUAACAACCAGAGCAGAGCCUUGUAAAGCCUUUAUGGCUCCGCUAUGACCUGUCUGCAUGACCUACAUUUCUAAUGAUGCUCUUACCUUGGCGUUAUCGUCUGAUCUAUUUACCCAUCACAAUGACCUCAUGAAGAAUGUGGCAGCACUGGCAUGGUUUCUGAAUGGGGGAUUUUUCUCUGUCUCUCUGUCUCUCUCUCUGUCUGUCUCUCUCUCACUCUCUCUGUCUGUCUCUCUCUCACUCUCUCU